CCGGGGAAGACCUUUUCCCAGAGUGUGGCCUCACCGCGUCGUCUGGAAAUUGCGCGUUUGUUAAGCUGAACACUGCCCACCUCGCCACAGUGGCCUAUGGCGAGUCGCCGCUGAACCUGAUCAUCCACGGCAUUGCUGCCGGCUGCUCCAACCCCCGCACCGUUAACGGCGUGCGCGCUGGUUGCGGCCGAGGUGACCAGACCAACGAGUGGUGAGCGGGCUUCUUAGUUAGGUGACUUGGGUCUAUCGGAAAUGUUGUUCUGGCCUCUGUUGUGUUCCUGCGCUGAUUUCUCUGCCGUGCGUGCACCUCGUCAUGUGCAGCCUGUGGAGCUUCGAGAUCCCGCGCCCCGGCACUGCCGGGUGGAAGUGCCCAUCGCCGCCUCCCAGCCCUCCCAAGCCGCCAAGCCCGCCACGCCGCCCCGGCCGGCCGCCGCCGUCCCCGCCGCUGGAGCCGUCCCCACCAUCACCCCAGCCGCCGCGCCCACCGCGCCCACCGCGCCGGCCGCCGGCCCCGCCCGGUACUACCAUUAGCUCCGAGGCUGAUGACCCGCCAUCGCCGCCGCCCGCGCCUCCGAGUCCGCCGUCGCGCCCGCCGUUCCCCAGCCCUGACCCGCCAAGCCCUCCAGACGUGCCAAUGCCGCCCGGCCUGCCUCCGCCUGCUCCCCCGCCGUCGCCGCCGUCGCCCGAGCCACCGAGCCCGCCGUCGCCGCCGGACGCGCCGCCGCCCGACAUGCCAAACCCGCCGUCCCCCACACCUCCAUCGCCACCGUCGCCACCGGCACCCCCGGACGCGCCACCACCUGACAUGCCCAACCCGCCAUCCCCCACCCCGCCGUCGCCGCCCACGCCGCCGGAGCCGCCGUCACCGCCAGACUUGCCGCCUCCGAACUUGCCCAACCCUCCUUCGCCGGAGCCACCCUCGCCACCAACUCCACCUGAACCGCCGUCGCCGCCGGACCUGCCGCCGCCUGACUUCCCGGCCCCGCCCUCACCGAAGCCGCCGCGACCGCCCCGGCCCCCGAGCCCCCAGCCCCCGCACGCACCUCCACCUCCACCCCCUCCACCGCCGCCGCCGCCAGACGCGCCGCCGCCAAGCCCGGAGCCCCCCACGCCUCCUAGCCCGAACCCGCCAUUGCCGCCCAGCCCGCCGCAGCCACCCAGCCCCUCGCCACCGUACAUCUGCGUGGCAUGUCCUUAUCUCUUCCUUGACGAGAUACAUUAUCAGGACGCAAGCACGGGCACGUCGGCGCAGAAGGUGGAGCUGCUAGCCGCCACAAACUUCGAUGCCAACCGCAUCACGCUGGCCAUCUACACCUUCACCUCCUCGGGCGACACCAACACCGCCGUCAUCGCGCUCAACGGCGGCGCCGCGUCCGUAAGCAAGAUCCAGCUGUCCGGCGAUUACGUGUCCUGGUCCGCCAUUACUGUGUCGCUGCCGGCGGGCACACUGCCCACGACUGAGGGCGCAAACCUCCUGGGCGCCAUUGCGGUGGUGGUGACUUGCGACAACGGCGCCAGCACCGUCACGGAGUUCCGCGCGUUCGGCUCCACCUCCGGCAUCGGCCUUACCGCCACGACCGGCCUGGCUUCUGGUUACACGGCCAGCUUAAUCACGACCAACGACCAGCCGCCGGCGCAACUGUACGAGAGUGCCCAGACGGCCGCGGGCACCUCCAUCCAGCUGACUGGGCCCGGCCGCACACCCGACGACGCCUGGACCGGCUGGUUAAGUGGCAACCUUGCCACCUGGGGCAGCAUCAACGACUGGACGAUCAACCCGCUGGAGCCCAGCAGCCCUGCCAUCGAGCAGUGCGGGGCCAUCGUGCCCAAGCCCAAGUGCGAGCCAUGCCCGUCCAUCUUUGUGAGCGAGUUCCACUACGCUGACAGCGGCAGCUCCUCGGGCUCAACCGCGCAGCGCCUGGAGGUGAUGGUGCCCACCGUGCUCGACCACUCGAAGCUCGCUAUCGUGCCAUACAAGUUCCUGGUUGACGCUGCCAGCGGCACCAACGGCGGCUUGGCCCUAGGGUCGCCCGUGCUGCUGAGCACGCCGGACGGCGCAGCGCGCAUCCUCACCAACUACCUGCUGCAAAGCAACGUGGCAUGGCGCGUGAUGACGAUCGACAUGACUGGGCUCAUGUACGACCCCUCCACGGCACCGGGCACCCUAGGCGGUGUGUACCUGAUGAUGUACUGCGACAAUGGCCUGAAGACGCCCGUAGACAGCUUCACGUAUGGCAGCCUGACUGGCGUGCCUGCCAACCUGCAGUACAUUGCCGUCACCGGCAUUGCCAUGGGGUUUGCUGUACAAUUUGGACACGUGAACCAGGUUGAAGCCAGUGGCGUAUCAGGAACUUCUCCGGCAUCAUCCAUCCAGAGGGCAGGAGAAGGCGUUUACCCGUGGGACUUCCCCGCCUGGACCGUAGCUUCCGUCAAUUAUGGAACCAUUGAUACCUCUACGCUCAAACCUUACGUGCCUCCAUAUGAGCAAUGUGGUGGCCCCGCACCUCCGCAGAGCCCUGACCCACCUUCCCCAAUGCCGCCAUCGCCUCCACCAAGCCCGAUCCCACCAAGUCCAAGGCCGCCGUCACCUCCACCAAGUCCUCAGCCACCCUCCCCAGACCCACCAUCUCCUGCGCCGCCUUCGCCUGCGCCGCCUAGCCCUGUGCCGCCGUCGCCGGAGCCUCCCAGCCCUGCGCCGCCUGUGCCUCCGAGCCCCGCGCCGCCUUCUCCGGAGCCGCCUAGCCCUGCGCCUCCGUCGCCGGAGCCUCCCAGCCCUGCGCCGCCUGUCCCUGCGCCGCCUGUGCCUCCGAGCCCCGCGCCGCCAUCUCCGGAGCCGCCUAGCCCUGCGCCUCCGUCGCCGGAGCCUCCCAGCCCUGCGCCGCCUGUGCCUCCGAGCCCCGCGCCGCCUUCGCCUGCGCCGCCUAGCCCUGUGCCGCCGUCGCCGGAGCCUCCCAGCCCUGCGCCGCCUGUGCCUCCGAGCCCCGCGCCGCCUUCUCCGGAGCCGCCUAGCCCUGCGCCUCCGUCGCCGGAGCCUCCCAGCCCUGCGCCGCCUGUGCCUCCGAGCCCCGCGCCGCCUUCUCCGGAGCCACCUAGCCCUGCGCCGCCUUCUCCGGAGCCUCCCAGCCCUGCGCCGCCUGUGCCUCCGAGCCCCGCGCCGCCAUCUCCGGAGCCGCCUAGCCCUGCGCCUCCCUCGCCGGAGCCUCCCAGCCCUGCGCCGCCUGUGCCUCCGAGCCCCGCGCCGCCUUCUCCGGAGCCACCUAGCCCUGCGCCUCCCUCGCCGGAGCCUCCCAGCCCUGCGCCGCCUGUGCCUCCGAGCCCCGCGCCGCCUUCUCCGGAGCCGCCUAGCCCUGCGCCUCCGUCGCCGGAGCCUCCCAGCCCUGCGCCGCCUGUGCCUCCGAGCCCCGCGCCGCCUUCUCCGGAGCCACCUAGCCCUGCGCCGCCGUCGCCGGAGCCUCCCAGCCCUGCGCCGCCUGUGCCUCCGAGCCCCGCGCCGCCAUCUCCGGAGCCGCCUAGCCCUGCGCCUCCGUCGCCGGAGCCUCCCAGCCCUGCGCCGCCUGUGCCUCCGAGCCCCGCGCCGCCUUCUCCGGAGCCGCCUAGCCCUGCGCCUCCGUCGCCGGAGCCUCCCAGCCCUGCGCCGCCUGUGCCUCCGAGCCCCGCGCCGCCAUCUCCGGCGCCGCCUAGCCCUGCGCCUCCGUCGCCGGAGCCUCCCAGCCCUGCGCCGCCUGUGCCUCCGAGCCCCGCGCCGCCUUCUCCGGAGCCGCCUAGCCCUGCGCCUCCGUCGCCGGAGCCUCCCAGCCCUGCGCCGCCUGUGCCUCCGAGCCCCGCGCCGCCUUCUCCGGAGCCACCUAGCCCUGCGCCUCCGUCGCCGGAGCCUCCCAGCCCUGCGCCGCCUGUGCCUCCGAGCCCCGCGCCGCCAUCUCCGGCGCCGCCUAGCCCUGCGCCUCCGUCGCCGGAGCCUCCCAGCCCUGCGCCGCCUGUGCCUCCGAGCCCCGCGCCGCCUUCUCCGGAGCCGCCUAGCCCUGCGCCUCCGUCGCCGGAGCCUCCCAGCCCUGCGCCGCCUGUGCCUCCGAGCCCCGCGCCGCCAUCUCCGGAGCCGCCUAGCCCUGCGCCUCCCUCGCCGGAGCCUCCCAGCCCUGCGCCGCCUGUGCCUCCGAGCCCCGCGCCGCCAUCUCCGGAGCCGCCUAGCCCUGCGCCUCCGUCGCCGGAGCCUCCCAGCCCUGCGCCGCCUGUGCCUCCGAGCCCCGCGCCGCCUUCUCCGGAGCCGCCUAGCCCUGCGCCUCCCUCGCCGGAGCCUCCCAGCCCUGCGCCGCCUGUGCCUCCGAGCCCCGCGCCGCCUUCUCCGGAGCCACCUAGCCCUGCGCCACCGUCGCCGGAGCCUCCCAGCCCUGCGCCGCCUGUGCCUCCGAGCCCCGCGCCGCCAUCUCCGGCGCCGCCUAGCCCUGCGCCUCCGUCGCCGGAGCCUCCCAGCCCUGCGCCGCCUGUGCCUCCGCGCCCCGCGCCGCCUUCUCCGGAGCCACCUAGCCCUGCGCCGCCGUCGCCGGAGCCUCCCAGCCCUGCGCCGCCUGUGCCUCCGAGCCCCGCGCCGCCUUCGCCGGAGCCGCCUAGCCCUGCGCCGCCGUCGCCGGAGCCUCCCAGCCCUGCGCCGCCUGUGCCUCCGAGCCCCGCGCCGCCAUCUCCGGCGCCGCCUAGCCCUGCGCCUCCGUCGCCGGAGCCUCCCAGCCCUGCGCCGCCUGUGCCUCCGAGCCCCGCGCCGCCUUCUCCGGCGCCGCCUAGCCCUGCGCCUCCCUCGCCGGAGCCUCCCAGCCCUGCGCCGCCUGUGCCUCCGAGCCCCGCGCCACCAUCUCCGGAGCCGCCUAGCCCUGCGCCUCCCUCGCCGGAGCCUCCCAGCCCUGCGCCGCCUGUGCCUCCGAGCCCCGCGCCGCCUUCGCCGGAGCCACCUAGCCCUGCGCCUCCCUCGCCGGAGCCUCCCAGCCCUGCGCCGCCUGUGCCUCCGAGCCCCGCGCCGCCUUCUCCGGAGCCGCCUAGCCCUGCGCCUCCGUCGCCGGAGCCUCCCAGCCCUGCGCCGCCUGUGCCUCCGAGCCCCGCGCCGCCUUCUCCGGAGCCACCUAGCCCUGCGCCACCGUCGCCGGAGCCUCCCAGCCCUGCGCCGCCUGUGCCUCCGAGCCCCGCGCCGCCUUCUCCGGAGCCACCUAGCCCUGCGCCACCGUCGCCGGAGCCUCCCAGCCCUGCGCCGCCUGUGCCUCCGAGCCCCGCGCCGCCUUCUCCGGAGCCGCCUAGCCCUGCGCCUCCGUCGCCGGAGCCUCCCAGCCCUGCGCCGCCUGUGCCUCCGAGCCCCGCGCCGCCAUCUCCGGCGCCGCCUAGCCCUGCGCCUCCGUCGCCGGAGCCUCCCAGCCCUGCGCCGCCUGUGCCUCCGAGCCCCGCGCCGCCAUCUCCGGAGCCGCCUAGCCCUGCGCCUCCCUCGCCGGAGCCUCCCAGCCCUGCGCCGCCUGUGCCUCCGAGCCCCGCGCCGCCUUCUCCGGAGCCGCCUAGCCCUGCGCCUCCGUCGCCGGAGCCUCCCAGCCCUGCGCCGCCUGUGCCUCCGAGCCCCGCGCCGCCAUCUCCGGCGCCGCCUAGCCCUGCGCCUCCGUCGCCGGAGCCUCCCAGCCCUGCGCCGCCUGUGCCUCCGAGCCCCGCGCCGCCUUCUCCGGAGCCACCUAGCCCUGCGCCUCCGUCGCCGGAGCCUCCCAGCCCUGCGCCGCCUGUGCCUCCGAGCCCCGCGCCGCCUUCUCCGGCGCCGCCUAGCCCUGCGCCUCCGUCGCCGGAGCCUCCCAGCCCUGCGCCGCCUGUGCCUCCGAGCCCCGCGCCGCCAUCUCCGGCGCCGCCUAGCCCUGCGCCUCCGUCGCCGGAGCCUCCCAGCCCUGCGCCGCCUGUGCCUCCGAGCCCCGCGCCGCCUUCUCCGGAGCCGCCUAGCCCUGCGCCACCGUCGCCGGAGCCUCCCAGCCCUGCGCCGCCUGUGCCUCCGAGCCCCGCGCCGCCUUCGCCGGAGCCGCCUAGCCCUGCGCCUCCCUCGCCGGAGCCUCCCAGCCCUGCGCCGCCUGUGCCUCCGAGCCCCGCGCCGCCUUCUCCGGAGCCGCCUAGCCCUGCGCCUCCGUCGCCGGAGCCUCCCAGCCCUGCGCCGCCUGUGCCUCCGAGCCCCGCGCCGCCAUCGCCGGAGCCGCCUAGCCCUGCGCCUCCGUCGCCGGAGCCUCCCAGCCCUGCGCCGCCUGUGCCUCCGAGCCCCGCGCCGCCUUCUCCGGAGCCGCCUAGCCCUGCGCCUCCGUCGCCGGAGCCUCCCAGCCCUGCGCCGCCUGUGCCUCCGAGCCCCGCGCCGCCAUCGCCGGAGCCGCCUAGCCCUGCGCCUCCGUCGCCGGAGCCUCCCAGCCCUGCGCCGCCUGUGCCUCCGAGCCCCGCGCCGCCUUCUCCGGAGCCGCCUAGCCCUGCGCCUCCGUCGCCGGAGCCUCCCAGCCCUGCGCCGCCUGUGCCUCCGAGCCCCGCGCCGCCUUCUCCGGAGCCGCCUAGCCCUGCGCCUCCCUCGCCGGAGCCUCCCAGCCCUGCGCCGCCUGUGCCUCCGAGCCCCGCGCCGCCUUCUCCGGAGCCACCUAGCCCUGCGCCACCGUCGCCGGAGCCUCCCAGCCCUGCGCCGCCUGUGCCUCCGAGCCCCGCGCCGCCUUCUCCGGAGCCGCCUAGCCCUGCGCCUCCGUCGCCGGAGCCUCCCAGCCCUGCGCCGCCUGUGCCUCCGAGCCCCGCGCCGCCUUCUCCGGAGCCACCUAGCCCUGCGCCUCCUUCGCCGGAGCCUCCCAGCCCUGCGCCGCCUGUGCCUCCGAGCCCCGCGCCGCCUUCUCCGGAGCCGCCUAGCCCUGCGCCACCGUCGCCGGAGCCUCCCAGCCCUGCGCCGCCUGUGCCUCCGAGCCCCGCGCCGCCUUCGCCGGAGCCGCCUAGCCCUGCGCCUCCCUCGCCGGAGCCUCCCAGCCCUGCGCCGCCUGUGCCUCCGAGCCCCGCGCCGCCUUCUCCGGAGCCACCUAGCCCUGCGCCUCCCUCGCCGGAGCCUCCCAGCCCUGCGCCGCCUGUGCCUCCGAGCCCCGCGCCGCCAUCUCCGGAGCCGCCUAGCCCUGCGCCUCCCUCGCCGGAGCCUCCCAGCCCUGCGCCGCCUGUGCCUCCGAGCCCCGCGCCGCCUUCUCCGGAGCCACCUAGCCCUGCGCCACCGUCGCCGGAGCCUCCCAGCCCUGCGCCGCCUGUGCCUCCGAGCCCCGCGCCGCCAUCUCCGGAGCCGCCUAGCCCUGCGCCUCCCUCGCCGGAGCCUCCCAGCCCUGCGCCGCCUGUGCCUCCGAGCCCCGCGCCGCCUUCUCCGGAGCCGCCUAGCCCUGCGCCUCCCUCGCCGGAGCCUCCCAGCCCUGCGCCGCCUGUGCCUCCGAGCCCCGCGCCGCCAUCUCCGGAGCCGCCUAGCCCUGCGCCUCCGUCGCCGGAGCCUCCCAGCCCUGCCCCGCCGUCGCCUGCGCCGCCCAGCCCCGCGCCUGGCGUGCCUCCGCCGUCGCCCGAGCCUCCCAGCCCGGCCCCGCCGUCGCCUGCGCCGCCCAGCCCCGCGCCUGGCGUGCCUCCGCCGUCGCCCGAGCCUCCCAGCCCGGCCCCGCCGUCGCCCGCGCCGCCCAGCCCCGCGCCUGGCGUGCCUCCGCCGUCGCCCGAGCCUCCCAGCCCGGCCCCGCCGUCGCCUGCGCCGCCCAGCCCCGCGCCUGGCGUGCCUCCGCCGUCGCCCGAGCCUCCCAGCCCGGCCCCGCCGUCGCCUGCGCCGCCCAGCCCCGCGCCUGGCGUGCCUCCGCCGUCGCCCGAGCCUCCCAGCCCGGCCCCGCCGUCGCCUGCGCCGCCCAGCCCCGCGCCUGGCGUGCCUCCGCCGUCGCCCGAGCCUCCCAGCCCGGCCCCGCCGUCGCCUGCGCCGCCCAGCCCCGCGCCUGGCGUGCCUCCGCCGUCGCCUGAGCCUCCCAGCCCGGCCCCGCCGUCGCCUGCGCCGCCCAGCCCCGCGCCUGGCGUGCCUCCGCCGUCGCCCGAGCCUCCCAGCCCGGCCCCGCCGUCGCCUGAGCCGCCCAGCCCCGCGCCUGGCGUGCCUCCGAGGUCGCCCGAGCCUCCCAGCCCGGCCCCGCCGUCACCUGCGCCGCCCAGCCCCGCGCCUGGCGUGCCUCCGCCGUCGCCCGAGCCUCCCAGCCCGGCCCCGCCCUCACCUGCGCCGCCCAGCCCCGCGCCUGGCGUGCCUCCGCCGUCGCCCGAGCCUCCCAGCCCGGCCCCGCCGUCGCCUGCGCCGCCCAGCCCCGCGCCUGGCGUGCCUCCGCCGUCGCCCGAGCCUCCCAGCCCGGCCCCGCCGUCGCCGGCGCUGCCCAGCCCCGCGCCUGGCGUGCCUCCGCCGUCGCCCGAGCCUCCCAGCCCGGCCCCGCCGUCGCCGGCGCUGCCCAGCCCCGCGCCUGGCAUGCCUCCGCCGUCGCCCGAGCCUCCCAGCCCGGCCCCGCCGUCGCCUGCGCCGCCCAGCCCCGCGCCUGGCGUGCCUCCGCCGUCGCCUGAGCCUCCCAGCCCGGCCCCGCCGUCGCCUGCGCCGCCCAGCCCCGCGCCUGGCGUGCCUCCGCCGUCGCCCGAGCCUCCCAGCCCGGCCCCGCCGUCGCCGGCGCUGCCCAGCCCCGCGCCUGGCAUGCCUCCGCCGUCGCCCGAGCCUCCCAGCCCGGCCCCGCCGUCGCCCGCGCCGCCCAGCCCCGCGCCUGGCGUGCCUCCGCCGUCGCCCGAGCCUCCCAGCCCGGCCCCGCCGUCGCCUGCGCCGCCCAGCCCCGCGCCUGGCGUGCCUCCGCCGUCGCCUGAGCCUCCCAGCCCGGCCCCGCCGUCGCCUGCGCCGCCCAGCCCCGCGCCUGGCUUGCCUCCUCCGUCGCCCGCGCCUCCCAGCCCAGCUCCGGGCGUGCCCCCUCCGUCGCCCGAGCCUCCCAGCCCUGCGCCUGGCGUACCGCCGCCGUCGCCCUCACCUCCAAGCCCAGCUCCGGGCGUGCCCCCUCCGUCGCCCGAGCCUCCCAGCCCUGCGCCUGGCGUACCGCCACCGUCGCCCUCACCUCCAAGCCCUGCGCCUGGCUUGCCUCCUCCGUCGCCCGCGCCUCCCAGCCCAGCUCCGGGCGUUCCGCCACCAUCGCCCUCACCUCCAAGCCCAGCUCCGGGCGUGCCCCCUCCGUCGCCCGCGCCUCCCAGCCCUGCGCCUGGCGUACCGCCGCCGUCGCCCUCACCUCCAAGCCCAGCUCCGGGCGUGCCUCCUCCGUCGCCCGCGCCUCCCAGCCCAGCUCCGGGCGUUCCGCCGCCGUCGCCCUCACCUCCAAGCCCAGCUCCGGGCGUACCGCCGCCGUCGCCCUCACCUCCAAGCCCAGCUCCGGGCGUACCGCCGCCGUCGCCCUCACCUCCAAGCCCAGCUCCGGGCGUACCGCCGCCGUCGCCCUCACCUCCAAGCCCAGCUCCGGGCGUGCCGCCGCCGUCGCCCUUACCUCCCAGCCCGGCGCCUGGCGUGCCCCCUCCGUCGCCCGAGCCUCCCAGCCCUGCGCCUGGCGUACCGCCGCCGUCGCCCUCACCUCCAAGCCCAGCUCCGGGCGUGCCGCCGCCGUCGCCCGCGCCUCCCAGCCCUGCGCCUGGCGUACCGCCGCCAUCGCCCUCACCUCCAAGCCCAGCUCCUGGCGUGCCUCCGCCGUCGCCCGCGCCUCCCAGCCCAGCUCCGGGCGUACCGCCGCCGUCGCCCUCACCUCCAAGCCCAGCUCCGGGCGUACCGCCGCCGUCGCCCUCACCUCCAAGCCCAGCUCCGGGCGUGCCGCCGCCGUCGCCCUUACCUCCCAGCCCGGCGCCUGGCGUGCCCCCUCCGUCGCCCGAGCCUCCCAGCCCUGCGCCUGGCGUACCGCCGCCGUCGCCCUCACCUCCAAGCCCAGCUCCGGGCGUGCCGCCGCCGUCGCCCGCGCCUCCCAGCCCUGCGCCUGGCGUACCGCCGCCAUCGCCCUCACCUCCAAGCCCAGCUCCUGGCGUGCCUCCGCCGUCGCCCGCGCCUCCCAGCCCAGCUCCGGGCGUACCGCCGCCGUCGCCCUCACCUCCAAGCCCAGCUCCGGGCGUACCGCCGCCGUCGCCCUCACCUCCAAGCCCAGCUCCGGGCGUGCCGCCGCCGUCGCCCUCACCUCCAAGCCCAGCUCCGGGCGUACCGCCGCCGUCGCCCGAGCCUCCCAGCCCAGCUCCGGGCGUACCGCCGCCGUCGCCCUCACCUCCAAGCCCAGCUCCGGGCGUACCGCCGCCGUCGCCCUCACCUCCAAGCCCAGCUCCGGGCGUGCCGCCGCCGUCGCCCUCACCUCCAAGCCCAGCUCCGGGCGUGCCCCCUCUGUCGCCCGAGCCUCCCAGCCCUGCGCCUGGCGUACCGCCGCCGUCGCCCUCACCUCCAAGCCCAGCUCCGGGCGUGCCGCCGCCGUCGCCCGAGCCUCCCAGCCCUGCGCCUGGCGUGCCUCCUCCGUCGCCCGAGCCUCCCAGCCCUGCGCCUGGCGUACCGCCGCCGUCGCCCUCACCUCCAAGCCCAGCUCCGGGCGUGCCGCCGCCGUCGCCCUCACCUCCCAGCCCUGCGCCUGGCGUGCCGCCUCCGUCGCCCGCGCCUCCCAGCCCUGCGCCUGGCGUACCGCCGCCGUCGCCCUCACCUCCAAGCCCAGCUCCGGGCGUGCCGCCGCCGUCGCCCUCAUCUCCCAGCCCUGCACCUGGCGUGCCUCCUCCGUCGCCCGCGCCUCCCAGCCCUUCGCCUGGAGUGCCCCCUCCGUCGCCCUCACCUCCCAGCCCCGCUCCGGGUGUUCCGCCGCCGUCGCCCUCACCUCCCAGCCCUGCGCCUGGCGUGCCGCCUCCGUCGCCCGCGCCGCCCUCUCCACCACCACCUUGUACGGUGUGCGCCACGUUGGUUCUGAAGCCUGAUCCAAACGUUUAUACAGAUUUGGACACACUUUCGUUCAUCAUUUCUGACGUCAAGAUGCAGGAGUAUGGCAUGGACUAUGCGGCCUACCUUAAUGAUGUUGUUGUGUCGGAUCCCCAGUAUGGAUUCAAUUCAGCGGUCAUCUUCAACUUCGACUCGUCAAGUGCGAUAUGGGACGACGAUCUGCAGAUCUAUCCACGCAGUACAGUUUGCGGGAGCCUGAGUCAAAAUGAUGCGGCCAUUUUGCGCGAUAUGGUUCCCAACGACCGCGUUUCGGGCUGGGCUUACUGGUUUACCAUUCUGUUCAACACAGCCGACACCGCUUGCAUUGUGUCUGGACUGGCAGCAGACAUUGAGUUCAGUCCGCCGAGCUGCUUCGACAAGAGUCCUGUCCCGUACUCGCAAUGUACGGCUGCUUCUCCACCUGAGCCACCGAGCCCAGAACCGCCGAGUCCCGAGCCCCCAUCGCCUCCUCCUCCCAGCCCAGAGCCAGGCGUGCCUCCCCCCAGCCCGGAGCCCCCGUCGCCUCCUCCUCCCAGCCCAGAGCCCGGUGUGCCUCCGCCCAGCCCGGUGCCGCCGUCACCUCCUCCUCCGCCUCCUCCGGACGCGCCUCCACCCUCCCCGGUGCCGCCGUCACCUCCUCCUCCGCCUCCUCCGGACGCGCCUCCACCCUCCCCGGUGCCGCCGUCACCUCCUCCUCCGCCUCCUCCGGAUGCGCCUCCACCCUCCCCGGUGCCGCCGUCGCCUCCUCCUCCGCCUCCUCCGGAUGCGCCUCCACCCUCCCCGGUGCCGCCGUCGCCUCCUCCUCCGCCUCCUCCGGAUGCGCCUCCGCCCUCCCCGGUGCCGCCGUCACCUCCUCCUCCGCCUCCUCCGGAUGCGCCUCCACCCUCCCCGGUGCCGCCGUCGCCUCCUCCUCCGCCUCCUCCGGAUGCGCCUCCACCCUCCCCGGUGCCCCCGUCACCUCCUCCUCCGCCUCCUCCGGAUACGCCUCCACCCAGUCCGCUGCCGCCGUCGCCUCCUCCUCCCAGCCCAGAGCCCGGUGUGCCUCCGCCCAGCCCGGUGCCGCCGUCACCUCCUCCUCCGCCUCCUCCGGAUGCGCCUCCACCCUCCCCGGUGCCCCCGUCACCUCCUCCUCCGCCUCCUCCGGACGCGCCUCCACCCUCCCCGGUGCCGCCGUCGCCUCCUCCUCCGCCUCCUCCGGAUGCGCCUCCACCCUCCCCGGUGCCGCCGUCGCCUCCUCCUCCGCCUCCUCCGGAUGCGCCUCCGCCCAGCCCGGUGCCGCCGUCACCUCCUCCUCCGCCUCCUCCGGAUGCGCCUCCACCCAGCCCUGUGCCCCCGUCGCCUCCUCCUCCCAGCCCAGAGCCCGGUGUGCCUCCACCCUCCCCGGUGCCGCCGUCGCCUCCUCCUCCGCCUCCUCCGGACGCGCCUCCACCCUCCCCGGUGCCGCCGUCGCCUCCUCCUCCGCCUCCUCCGGAUGCGCCUCCACCCUCCCCGGUGCCGCCGUCGCCUCCUCCUCGGCCUCCUCCGGAUGCGCCUCCGCCCUCCCCGGUGCCGCCGUCACCUCCUCCUCCGCCUCCUCCGGAUGCGCCUCCACCCUCCCCGGUGCCGCCGUCACCUCCUCCUCCGCCUCCUCCGGAUGCGCCUCCACCCUCCCCGGUGCCGCCGUCACCUCCUCCUCCGCCUCCUCCGGAUGCGCCUCCACCCUCACCGGUGCCCCCGUCACCUCCUCCUCCGCCUCCUCCGGACGCGCCUCCACCCUCCCCGGUGCCGCCGUCACCUCCUCCUCCGCCUCCUCCGGAUGCGCCUCCACCCUCCCCGGUGCCGCCGUCACCUCCUCCUCCGCCUCCUCCGGAUGCGCCUCCACCCUCCCCGGUGCCCCCGUCACCUCCUCCUCCGCCUCCUCCGGACGCGCCUCCUCCCUCCCCGGUGCCGCCGUCACCUCCUCCUCCGCCUCCUCCGGAUGCGCCUCCACCCUCCCCGGUGCCCCCGUCACCUCCUCCUCCGCCUCCUCCGGACGCGCCUCCACCCAGUCCGCUGCCGCCGUCACCUCCUCCUCCCAGCCCAGAGCCCGGUGUGCCUCCUCCCAGCCCGGUGCCGCCGUCGCCUCCUCCUCCGCCUCCUCCGGAUGCGCCUCCACCCUCCCCGGUGCCGCCGUCACCUCCUCCUCCGCCUCCUCCUGACGCGCCACCACCCUCCCCGGUGCCGCCGUCACCUCCUCCUCCGCCUCCUCCACAACUUCCGCCACCACCUAGUCCUGUCCCGCCCUCGCCACCGCCCCCGGGCGCCCCGCCGCCCUCCCCGGUGCCGCCGUCGCCUCCGCCACCUCCUCCUCCGGGCGCUCCUCCACCCAGUCCGCUGCCGCCGUCCCCCCCUCCUCCGCCUCCCCCGGGGGCGCCACCCCCACCGCCGCCAGACGCACCGCCUCCGAGUCCACUGCCCCCCUCUCCGCCGCCACCGCCUCCUCCGGGCGCGCCGCCGCCUCCUCCACCAGGUGCACCGCUGCCACCGCCACCGGGUGCGCCUCCUCCACCACCGCCGGGAGCACCACCACCGCCGCCACCGGGAUCGCCCGCGCCCCCCUCACCUGAUCCGCCGUCACCCCCACCGCCUGACUCGCCGCCGCCACCGCCGCCGUUCUUCACGACUACCUCUCCCCCGCCGCCGCCGCCACCUCCGCCGGAGUCACCUCCACCACCUCCGCCACCUCCGCCCGACUUGCCGCCAUCACCACCGCCCUCACCUCCCCCGCCACCGCCGCCGGACAUGCCUCCACCCCCAUCGCCACCUCCGCCAGAUCCGCCUCCACCCCCGCCGCCGCCGCCCAAUUUGCCGCCGCCCAAGGCUAUCGCCGCCAAGGUUGCGCCCCCGCUGCCGCCGCUCCCUCCGGACACGCCGCCACCGGCCGCGCCGCCGGAGCCCGUCUGUCGCACUGUGGGUCCGACGACUCAGCUGGACAGCCCUCCGCCCGGCUCUCGUGCCUGCGGUGACCAGGCCACUUGCCUGGACGUACGCCUGGACUCGCAGGAGUGUCAGUAUAUGACAGUCGGUGGCGUCACCUACCUAUACUGCCCAGUUUGCGUCCAGUGGCCACGCGACGGCAGCAACUGCGCAUUGGCGAACAUAGUCCCUUCGUCACCGCCGCCGUCGGCACGCCGUGGCGUCGCCGGCUCCACCAUCGGCGGCAUCACUGGCGGCGUGGACAAGGUCUGCAGCGGCGACCGGCUGGCUUCCGUGAUUGAGGGCGCAGGCGGCGUGCCGGUGCCAGGUGGCAUCAACGAGGUCACGCCCUGGUCCUCAGGCAACAGCAGCCGCUACUGCCAGUGGGUGCGCUGGAAGGACGGCGACAUGAGUCCGCAGCCAGUUCUGUACUCGGUGCGCUCGGGCAGCAAGUCCUGCAGCACGCUGGACAUGAGCACCAUGAUCAGCGUCAACGGCAUGUCCGCCACCUGCUCCGCGCCGCGCUUCGACGCCACCACUGGCGCCGUGGCCGGCUGCCAGAGCAACGACGGCACCAUUUUCAACGAGUGCUUGUGGACGAUCACGGUGCCGCGCCCCGGCGGCGUCGGCUGGACCAGCGACGUCUGCGUCGACCCACCGAACGCAGCCGGCGCUCCGCCGCCGCCUCCCAAGCGUGACGGCGGUACGUCUUCCAAGCGCGCCCCACCACUGCCGCCGCAGCCGCCCUCGCCGCCCGACCCGUGCCUGCUCACCGGCCCGUCGACCGAGUCGGCGGGUGGUGGCAACACCGCUUGCGCGGACCAGGCCUCGUGCCUGGACCUGCUGUUUAAUAGCGGCGAGUGCGAGUGGCGCGACGACCCACAGGGAGGCACCAAGCUCUACCUCUACUGCCCCGUGUGCCUGACCUGGCCGCGUUCCGGCUCCGCCUGCGCGCUGAGCGCUGCCAGCACCAUCGACUACGUGUGUGCGGGCGACGAGAUGAGCACCGUCCUCGACCCCGGCAGCGGUAUACCGGUGCCGGGCGGUGUGUCGGUGGAGACGCUGUGGAGCCCGCAGACCAAGUACUGCCAAUGGGUGCGCUGGGCCUCAGACGACACCGGCCUGCAGACCGUCUACUUCUCCAUUAAGGACGGCACCGGCCGCUGCGCGCGCCGCAGCCCCGUGGACGUGACCGUGCGAGGCGUGAGCGCCAGCUGCAACGUGCCGCGCACCAACCCCUUCAACGGCUACGCCGGCUGCGCGGGCAACGACGACGUGGACAACGAGUGCCUGUGGAGCUUCCAGGUGCCGCGGCCCGGCGGUCCGGGCUGGACAGGCGGCGAGGUGUGCGUGGAUCCUCCCGCGCCCGCCGUUGCGCCUGGCCCGCCGCCGCCGCGCCGCCGCGCGCCCAGCAGCACCAGCAAGGCUGCGCCGCCGCUGCCGCCUGAUCCGCCGCCGCCGUCGCCGCCGCCGCCGCCCAAGCGCAGCGCGGGGCCCGGCCAGCGCAUGCCCAACCCGCCGGCGCCGCCGUCCAAGUCGCCGCCGGCGCCCAGCAUCAACAAAAUCCCGUUCCCCUUCUGCGCCUGCAAGAAGCGCAACGUCAAGAACACGCCCUACCGCCUGGUGUACCAAAACAGAACCAACCUACAGACGCUGUCCGACGGGAAGCAGCGCGUGCGCCACUGCUUCAACGUGGACCUGGUGGACUGCGACUCCACCACCGCAUGCUGCGGCAUGAGCAUCAAGAAGAUCGAGCUGUUUGCCAAGGGCACUUGCCGCUCCUCGGUGCGCCUGGCGCUCUUCGGUGGCCAGUCGGUGACGUGGACGUUCACGCAGAACGAGUAUAAGGGCGUCACCUACACUACCUUCAAGCUGCCCACGCUCAACAUCCAGCGCAACCAGGUCAACCGCUCCGGCAUCGACCUGUGCCUUGUGUUUACGGAGCCGUGCGCCACGCUGGACGACUUCUGCUGGGGCAACCCCGGCAGCUGCCGCGCCACCUUUUUCUCCAUCGACGAGAACUGCUGCCCCACUGGAGAUAUCUCGACCACCAAGACGGGAGACCAGAUGGAGCAGAUUGUAGGCGCCCCGCCUGUGGUGGAGUUCGACUUCCACCACCACUAAAUGCGCCGCGUGGACGGAGCAAUGUCGCCUCGACGCAAAAAUACUGACAUGAAGAUUGGAAGAAAGGGGUGCCCAAUUACACGCCCCAGAGGGCAUGCUAACUGGCGCUUCUGUGACUGUGUGUUGUCCGUUUGUGUGACGGUGUGUUGUCCGUUUGUCAGAGUGCGUGUGCUCUCUUGCGUGUAAAUGGGGGACGGCCUUGGUGGCGUGCACAGCCAUGGCAUAUGUGUCGCGGCCAACCGGCGCCAAUUCAUGCUUUGGGGAUUAUGUGCAUCAACCACACUUGCGAUCUGCAGCAUAAUAGCACAUGUGAUUGACUCGAAAGUUCUUUCAAACAGCACCCGCCGCUACGUUUUACUCUUGGUCGUGGUUGGUUUCGAUUCUCGUUCCUGAUCGUGCCUGACAACACCAGUGAGGGUGGCCAGGCGCUAUAGUGAUGUGCUGGUAUUAUGGAUGCUGUCUGAGUUGGACAAGCAGACCGCACUAAAAACGCAAUGGAGAGGGGUGGUUACGAUGCACCGUAUGUGGGGUUCUACUCGAGGCAGGACGAAUGUCCUGUCGCAGGCUUCACCUAUUCAUCACCGCGUGCGCACAAUACGCGUGCGCACAAUACGGGUGGCAGGCACCAUGAUGCUUGAUGUUGUGUGCUUGAGAAGUAAUUCAGCAAGGUUUGUGUUUGCGCGUGUGUAAAUGUGUGUGGUGCUUAUACGCUAGGCGUGCCGUGGACAAUCUAGUCACGGCAUGGGAAUACAGAACUUAAUCGCUGCAUGGGUCAGCCCCGCCACGCCACGCCGAAAAGGUGACGGAUGCGGGUCGUGCUUUGGACGCGUUCAUCAGCGCUGCGCGCGUGAGGUGCAUGCCAGGGUAACCCCUGGUGCAUGCUAACGGCCGAAAUGCCAAGGCCAUGUAAAAGCUUCGUGGG